UCGUAAAUAAAUCAAUUUAAAAUUAAUGUGUAAUACACCGGUCAUCUCAAACCGGUGAAUGGGAUGAAGUAAUGAUGUAAUUAAGACAAAUAAUGUAACAAAAUGCACAGUCGAAGCCGGAAACGCUUUUCAAAAAAUGAGUGAGGUGAUGCCCGAAGCGGGUGAGACGUACAUCCGUUCUGCUCGAGUGAAAACAUCAGGCUUUCUCGGACGUCAAAAAUCUUUAGCGGAGGUACAAUAUAGCGGAAAAUUUAAAUUGGUCCGGAUUUUGAUGAUCCUGUAAUGUGAGCCCUGCCUUCGAUGUCCUAGAAUCAAUUUAAGUUGUUAUCCUAUUUAAAGGAACAUCGCGUGACUGUGCUGCUUUCGCGAAUCCGAGCGAAUCCCGUUGGACCUCUGGUGGCGAGUCGCCACAAUUUCACCGGUUCAGAGUGCAGCAAACAGACUUAAAGCUGUUAUAUUGCCAUAUCUUCUAGCAGAAGAUCCUCAGUUGUCCUCAACCAGAGUCGAUUGGUACACUGUCACUUACAACUGUCAACAAUGUCGUCUGACAUGAUUGAUGAAACCGUCGAGUUAGAUCCAGUGACUGGUUUAUACUGCACGAUGUCUUUGUUUACCAAUGUUACAAAUACCGCUGAAUUACAUGAGAAACUCAUUACCGAGAAGCUUGAUUGUUGCAUGAUAAAUGUCGCAACCAUUGUAGACACUUUUCAAGUGGUGGUAGCUACCAAUAAAGCCGCCCUCAACGCUACGCGAAAUCAACUGGUUACAAAAAACAUAAAUACGGAAGUCUUAUUUAGCAUGUCUUUGUCGGAUAGCAUAACUUGUGCCUUGAAUGAGUUUGGUAUUAGUGAUGAUGUUAAAAAUCUCCUGAUGAUAGUGAUACACAAGGAAGGCAAGGAAAAAGCCAUGCUGGAGAAGAUCUCAGAAAGUGUUAAGGGAGAUAAAGUAUCCAUUUCAAACCUGAAGAAGUUUACAGAUCAAAAUCAUGUUAAAGAAAUUUAUGCCAUCACCACCAUCGAACAGCGGAAUUCUAAUAUUCUUGAUAUUAUUGUUUCAAAGAUUAGUGGUUCUACAUUAUUUCCACCAAAGAAUCAAAAUAAAGGAAGGCGUAUAUCAUAUGAACAGAAGAGUUGACAAUAUAUACCGAUACAGAAUAAUUAUUAUUAACAAUAAGAAAAAUUUUAUUUGGAAUAUAAUUUAAGUAAGUGGAUAUGUAUAAUAUAUGUAAACAACCCAUAUGCUUUAAUUUCUUUUUAUCAGUUAAUUAUGUACCCUGCUAAUCCACACAUAUAUUUAUAACAAUAACCAGUUUUUUAAUGAAUUCUUUCGCAAAAUAUUACAUGUGUU